CCCACCGGGAAGAGCCCCGAACCUGCCGAUGGCCGGCCAGCGUCCGUGUGUGUGUACGUAAAGAUCUGGGUUCAGGGGUGUCCAGAUGAAAGUAGUACUAGUUGUGCAUGGUGGGGCAUGGGCCAUCCCUGAUGAGAUGGCCAGCGCUUCUGUUGAUGGAGUCAAGGCUGCAGCCUGUGAGGGCUACACAGUGUUGAAGAAGGGAGGCAGUGCGCUGGAUGCUGUUGAGUUGGCUGUCAGAACCAUGGAAGAUAACCCUGUGUUUGAUGCAGGUCAUGGUGCCGUGCUUAACGCAGAUGGAGAGGUGGAGCUGGAUGCCAUGAUCAUGGAUGGAAGGACGCUGACCUGUGGAGCUGUGUCUUCCGUGCAAAACAUUGUCAAUCCUGUCUCACUGGCACGUGCUGUAAAGGAAAAGACUGACCACAUCAUGCUGACAGGCAGAGGUGCAAACCUGUUUGCAGAGAGCAUUGGCAUGGGGACAGUUCCCACAGACUCUCUGGUGACGGGCUAUGAGAAAAAUGAGUGGGAGAAGCACAAGAAGUAUAUAACUGGAAUAAAGGAACUUUUCAAUUCUCAGUGGGGACACGAUACUGUUGGAGCGGUUGCUGUUGACUCAUCUGGUAAUGUGGCAUGUGCAACAUCAACGGGAGGAAUAAGAAAUAAAAUGGUCGGCAGAGUAGGAGACUCUCCCAUCAUUGGUUCGGGUGGAUAUGCGGAUAACCUUAGCGGUGCAGUGUCUUGUACUGGCCACGGAGAGUCAAUUCUUAAAGUCACCUUGGCCAGACUCAUUGCUUUUCACAUGGAGCAAGGUAAAGAGGUAGAGGAUGCACUGGAUCUCUCGCUAUCCUAUAUGGGUGAUCGUGUCCAGGGUGCAGGGGGUGCUAUAGCCGUCUCCACUUCAGGAAAGUGGGCAGCCAAGUUUACUACCAAACGAAUGGCUUGGUCAGCAGUGGAAAAUGAUGUGUUGUGGUAUGGUUUAGACCCAAAUGACAAAAUUAAAGGGCAUUUAUUCCAAUUCCACAUUUUACAGUGA